GUGUUUGUUACGGGAGAGGAAAGUUACAGUAAAAAGACCGGACUGUCUGCACCGCGUAGCAAUCGGCUGAAAGCAGGAGGAGGAGGGAGUAGUAGUAUUAAAGGAUCCGAAUAGUGCCAAUGUUAACGGAGCCUUUGUACUGAGAACAAAAAUCUUGUGACCAAAUUCAUCUUUUUUUUAAGCCUCUGGGUUUAGAAACCAGAAUACAGAAGGACUUAAUGCACCCAAUCUAGCUGAACGGUCUUGAGAAACCAACAGCAAGCUGCCCAUGUUGAGGGCUGGCUUCUGAGAGGAUGAGAGGCCCAUCACAUCGAGCUUCCCUGAUUAUCACUUUGUCAUGGAGUCUCUGGCACAGCGUGGUAUUGCUGAAUCUCGAGGACCCAAAUGUCUGCAGCCAUUGGGAAAGCUAUUCAGUGACUAUUCAAGAAUCCUAUGCCCACCCAUACGAUCAGAUUUACUAUACCAGCUGCACUGAUAUUCUGAACUGGUUUAAAUGCACUCGGCACAGGAUAAGCUAUCGUACCGCAUACAGACGUGGGGAGAAAACUAUGUACCGCCGUCAUUCUCAGUGCUGUCCAGGAUUUUAUGAACGUUCUGAUAUCUGUGUCCCUCACUGUGCCGAGAAGUGUGCCCAUGGAAGAUGUGUUGCUCCCAAUACUUGUCAGUGUGAACCAGGCUGGGGAGGACCAAACUGUUCCAGCGCGUGCGACAGCAGGCACUGGGGGCCCCACUGCAACAAUCGCUGUCAGUGCAAGAACGGAGCUCUGUGCAAUCCCAUCACUGGAGCCUGUCUCUGCACACCGGGCUACAAAGGCUGGAGGUGUGAGGAGCUCUGCAGCCCCGGGACAUAUGGGAAUGGGUGCCAACUGAAAUGCCAGUGUCAGAAUGGAGCAACCUGUGACCACAUGACUGGCGAAUGCAAGUGCUCCCCUGGAUACACUGGUGCAUUCUGUGAGGAUUUGUGUCCUCCUGGUAAACAUGGACCUCAGUGUGAGGAACGAUGUCCUUGCCAGAACGGAGGAGUAUGUCACCAUGUGACAGGAGAAUGUGCCUGCCCUCCUGGAUGGAUGGGAACUGUUUGUGGCCAGCCAUGCCCGGAGGGAAGAUAUGGAAUAAACUGCUCCCAGGAAUGCCAGUGUCAUAAUGGAGGGCAAUGCGACUCCGCCACGGGUCAGUGCCAUUGUGGAGCUGGCUACACAGGGGAGAGGUGCCAAGAUCAAUGUUCCUUCGGCACUUAUGGUAAAAACUGCAGUGAACAAUGCAAUUGCUUGAACGGGGGUGAGUGUUACCAUAUCAAUGGAGCAUGCCUGUGUGAGCCGGGAUUCACGGGCGACUCCUGCCAGAUCCGCAUGUGCCCUGACAACAUUUAUGGGAUGAAAUGCGACAAACACUGCCCCUGCCACUUGCAAACCACACUCAGCUGUCACCCCAUGUCUGGCGAAUGUACUUGCAAACCCGGAUGGUCUGGCCUUUACUGCAAUGAGACAUGUGCCCCUGGAUUUUAUGGUCUAUCUUGUCGUCAAAUCUGCAGCUGUAAAAAUGGAGCAGACUGCAAUGCCGAAACUGGCAAGUGCAUCUGUGCACCAGGAUAUAAGGGAUCUGAUUGUUCGACUCCUUGUCCAGCUGGUACCAAUGGAGUAAACUGUUCUUCUACCUGUGACUGUAAAAAUGAAGCACUCUGCUCUACAGUAGAUGGCUCCUGUACUUGUAAAGCAGGUUGGCAUGGGGUCGAUUGUUCGAUUCCCUGUCCCCGAGGUAGAUGGGGUCUUGGAUGCAAUUCAACGUGUCAUUGUGCCAAUGGAGGAGCCUGUAAUGCUACGGACGGGAGCUGUACCUGUUUAGCAGGAUGGCGAGGGAACAGAUGUGUACAUCCGUGCCAGGAUGGCUCCUAUGGAUUGAACUGCACUGAGCGUUGUGACUGCAGUCACGCUGACGGAUGUCACCCUACCACUGGACAUUGCCGGUGUCUGGCUGGUUGGACAGGUAUUCACUGUGACAGUGUUUGUGCUGAAGGACGAUGGGGGCCAAACUGUACCCUGUCAUGUCACUGCAAGAAUGGGGCAUCCUGCUCACCAGGCGAUGGAGUCUGCAAGUGUGCUCCGGGAUACCGAGGAACUACCUGUCAGCGCAUUUGUUCUCCUGGAUUCUACGGGCAUCGUUGUAGUCAAGCCUGUCCUCAUUGUGUGCACAGUAAUGGGCCUUGUCACCACAUCACUGGCCAGUGUGAGUGCCUGCCUGGCUUCACAGGAGCUCUCUGCAAUGAAGUGUGCCCCAGUGGAAAAUUUGGGAAGAGCUGUUCUGGUUCCUGCACUUGUACAAACAAUGGAACGUGUAACCCCAUCGACGGCUCCUGUCAAUGCUACCCAGGGUGGAUUGGAAGUGACUGUUCACAACCCUGUCCCCCAGGAUACUGGGGUCCGAACUGUAUCCACACCUGUAACUGCCACAACGGAGCCCACUGCAGUGCUUAUGAUGGGGAAUGCAAGUGCACGCCAGGCUGGACUGGACUCUAUUGCACACAGAGAUGCCCCUUGGGUUACUUUGGGAAGGACUGUGCCGAGCUGUGCCAGUGUCAGAAUGGAGCAGACUGUGACCAUAUCUCCGGGCAGUGCACAUGUCGCAUUGGAUUCAUGGGCAAAUACUGUCAACAAAGAUGUCUAUCAGGGACCUUUGGUUAUGGCUGCCGCCAGAUGUGUGAUUGUCUGAAUAACUCAACCUGCGAUCAUAUUAAAGGCACCUGUUACUGCAGUCCAGGAUGGAAAGGUUCAAGGUGUGACCAAGCUGGUGUUAUCAUUGUGGGAAACCUCAACAGCCUUAGUCGGACCAGCACAGCCAUUCCGGCUGAUUCCCAUCAGAUCGGGGCUACAGUGGGGAUUGUCAUCCUCCUCCUGCUGGUCCUCUUUCUUUUGGUUCUCUUCAUCAUGUACCGGCGCAAGCAGAAGGUGAAGGAGACCAACAUGGCAGCUGUAACCUAUGCACCAGCCCUCAGAGUCAUGAACACGGAUUACGCCAUCACGGAAAAUAUGGCACAAGGAAAUAGUGGGAAUGGAAACACCCGCUAUUUCUCCAAUCCAAGCUAUCAUACCUUAGCCCAGUGUGGGAGUCCAGCGCACGCCAACAAUUGCCAACACAGCACAUCUGGAAAGUCAAAAAACAAUCAGCUGUUCGUUAACAUUAAGAAUCUUAAAAGUCAGGGAAAGCGCGGCCCUGUUAUGGACUACACAGCGACUCUACCUGCAGACUGGAAGCAAGGAGGCUACCCUAAUGAUUUAGGUGCCUUUAGUGCUGAUAGGGGAUACGUGGGAAAAUCUCUGAAAGAUCUGGUAAAGACUUCAGGCUUCAGUGCUAGCACGUGCUCACUCAACAGUACGGAGAACCCAUACGCCACCAUCAAAGACCCACCACUUUUUACAUCCAAGAAUUCGGAGUGUGGCUAUGUAGAGAUGAAAUCUCCAGCUCGCCGUGAUUCACCAUAUGCUGAGAUUGGCAACUCCACUUCAGCUAAUAAAAAUGUCUAUGAAGUUGAACCAACAGUAAGUGUCAUUCAUGGAACAUGCAGUGGCAAUGCUCCCUUUGGCCCUUAUGACCUGCCCAAGAACAGUCACAUCCCCUGCCAUUAUGACUUACUACCAGUUCGAAACAGUCCUUCAAUGUCACAGAAAGUGAACGACAAUGAAUGAAUUGGAUGGCCGCAAUUUACAGAUGGAAAAGUGUCCAAUUGAACAACUCUCUGGGGUAAACAACAAAAGGAGUCUGGCCAAUGUCUUCCCAGCUCCUCUGGAUGAAUUUCAAUGACGAUUUACCACCAGUGCUGAAUUGAGUUACAGAUGAAGAGCAGAAAAAUUUUGAAGGCCGCCACACAACUCAAGAGAACACCUUUAUAAAAUUCCUUCUUUUGCUUUCUUUUUCUGUGUCUUUGAGGGUUGACAUUAAACCAAGCGCCUUCAUGUAUUCAUGGUAAUAUUUUAUAAUUUACCUUGUGGAAAACAUUGCUAGUGAAGAACUUAAUUGCCUAACAAUUUUUUGGAAAGAAGGUCUUUGAAAUAUUUCCAUCUUACAACAUGCCAUUCCUAAAAAUCUCACUAACUUUUUAAGUAAGUCAUUCCACAUAUACAUAAAUAAUACUCAAUAAUACAUAUUGAUACUCAUUUCUUUAAAUAGGUAAAAAUAUUUUAGUUCUUAUAUUUUUUAUAGAACAGUUUUGACUUAACUGAGGAAACGAAGCAACUACAUGACGAGUGCAAGUGGUCACAGCAAAGCGCAAGUCAUUAAUGGAUUCUUAGUGAUUAAAAAGCACACUGUAAAUGCAAGCAUCCUUUGGAGACUUCCAUUGCUUUGUAGCCACAAACCUUUGAGCCUAUUGCAGUCACAGCCAUCUUCUGUUUCUUCUGUCUCUGCGAGCUUCUUGUAAGAUAAAAACAAUGCUGUGCUUAAGCUGGUCUUGUGCAUCACAAAUAAAUUUGUUAAAAAAAAAUUAGCGAAUUUAGUUCCUUUUGUCUUUACUUUCCCAAUAACCACCCCGUGUUCUGGUGAUAUAUGCUCUUGUUCUUUGCAUUUAAAUCUGCGUUCAGUUUAACAGUUGUUUUCAUUGUUACAUGCGAGUGUAGUUUUUGUGUAAUUAGAACCUUGUGUCAGAAUCCUGAGCCUACGUUAUUAAUCCUGUGUAUUGUAUGAUAAAUUGUACAUAGAGACAAACCAGGUUAAACUGACUGACAAGUGGUAAUUUGUUUAAUGGACUUAAACCUGUACAGAAAAAAAUCUUGCCCUGUCAGUAUCAUUAAUUUGUAAGUGCUGUUGCACUAUAGCUGGAUUGCAUUGUGACAUUAAAUAUACUGCCCACGAAGACGAUUUUACCCGAGCAAUAACGUCUUUAUUACAUUAUUUAUGUAUUUUCUUAUGAUCAGUUUAAACCAUAACAAUGUAAGUGUAUUAUUGCAAUUCAUUUAGUCCAAGUGAAUUCCAGCAUUAAAUGGUUUUCAUUCUUCUUUAAAUCUUUCAGCAUUAUAUCUGUUUUAUGUAGAGAGUGUUUGUCACCAGCUUUUUAAUAAAAAUUACU